CCAGAGUCGAUAUCAGACUGAUAAACUGGUUCCCAUAGUGACACAGACAUGGAAAACCUUUCUACAAUUCCAAAAGACUCUGAAGUGAUCGAUCUGAAUGGUUGUAAUAUAAAUGCACUGCCUGAAGAUAUCGCGCGAUACACUAGAGUGAAAUCUAUUGAUCUGCACGACAAUGCAUUAUCAGAAUUACCAGAUAAAUUUGCCGACUUGAAGACUCUUCAAAAGUUGAACUUGUCGUUUAACGAUUUUCGAUCAAUGCCUACACCAAUUAUUCAUCUUCAACAACUGACUUCACUUUCAGUGAACAUAAACGAUUUGGCCGAGAUUCCGACAGAACUCUACAAUAUCACCGCCUUGACUGAGCUAUCACUGUUCAAAAACAAAAUCCAGGAAAUUUCUCCUGGAAUUUCCAAAUUAAAAAAUCUUAUCAAAUUCAACAUCAAGGAUAAUAUGGUAACUGAGAUUCCCGCUGAGAUAGGUAAACUGAAACAUUUAGAGGAAAUCGACAUAUCCAAAAAUCAAGUAACACAGAUUCCUAAAUCGGUAGAUGGUUUAGUACACCUUGCUAAGUUUGACAUUAGCCAGAAUCACGUGUCAGUGAUUCCGGGUGAGAUCGGUUGCCUAACACAAUUACAGAUUUUCAAUAUUUCAAACAACCAAGUCAAAGAUAUCCCUCCAACAAUAGGACGAUUACAAAUGUUACACAGGUUUGACAUCGCACAUAAUCGCUUGACGUCAUUACCUCGUGAUAUAAAAAGCAUGAUUGAGUUGAAGGAGUUGUCUCUAACAGGCAAUAACCUUAAAGAUAUUCCCAGGCAUAUUUACGAAAAGGGUAUUGUUGAAAUAAGACAAUACUGGGAAACCGAAGAGGUGGAAUUAAUGAAGGAUAUCGAUGUUCUGAGUGAAGAUAUUAAACUUGGAUCACGGUCAUUGACUUAUCUGCCGUCUAUGAUUGGUCAGUACACCAAUGUAAAGGCUCUGAAUAUCAGUAAUAACUCUCUUAUGUCCCUUCCGAUGGAACUUGCUAAAUUACAGCAACUUGAGGAGCUGAACUUAUCAGACAACCAUUUUCAGCAGAUUCCUGUACAUGUCUGCAAAAUCCAAAAUAUUCAGAAGCUGAAUAUGCGCAACAAUAUGCUUACACAGUUUCCGAAUGACAUUGAUAAUCUGAAGCAGUUGGAUCUGUCGGGUAACAGCAUCAGUGUAAUUCCAGAUUCGUGUCAAUAUCCGUUAGCUAAACUGGAUAUCAGUGACAACAAACUGACCAAAGUACCGAAAUCCAUUAGCCAGCUUCAUGAACUUGAGGAGUUCAAUUUGUCUAACAAUGCCAUAUAUCAUGUGUCACCUUUUAUUGGUGAAUUAAAUCAGCUUUUAAUAUUAGACAUUCAUAAUAAUAAGUUAGAAGAACUGCCAUUAGACUUUUGGAACCUCACUAGCCUUAAUAAACUUGAUCUUCAUGAAAACAAGCUUAAUGAGAUCUCAGAGAGAAUCAGCCAGCUUCAAAAUCUAAGAGAGUUAGAUCUCAGCCGUAACAACCUAUCAGUGGUACCAUCUGGAUGCUUUUUACCACAGAUACACUCACUAGAUAUCAGUGACAAUGCAGUCAUUGAUAUUCCUUCGGAUAUUGGUCAGAUGACAAGUUUACAGAAUCUUAAUUUGUCGGGUAACCGUAUUACUGAGAUCCCGUCUACAGUUUGCGACUUGUACCAACUGUCUCAUCUAAAUCUGAAGAAAAAUAAGAUACCGAAACUUCCGUUGAAUAUUGGUCGACUGCACAAUUUACUCUCUUUUGAUGUAUCAGACAACACAAUUGACGAGAUUCCAUCAACAGUAGGAAAUCUGGGAAAAUUAACGAAGUUCAUCAUCUCAAACAAUGAACUAGAUACUCUACCACGAGCAAUGCAUAAAUUGGUAAACUUAAAUGAUUUACAAAUACACGGAAAUCCUAUCACAGAGCCCACAGAAGAUGUUUGCAAGCAAGGUCUGGAUGCUUUGCACUUUUACUGGGAAGAAUUGGAUAAGAUUGACAGAGACUUAUUGAAAGAUUUUGAUCGCUCAACUACUGAUGAAAUUACAAUAACCCAACGGGAUAUGACUUACAUCCCACCAAUGAUCGACGAGUACACUGAUUUAAAGAAAUUAGACUUCAGCGCAAAUCGCAUUGCGACGUUUCCCGUGGAGCUAUCCCAACUCAACAAACUAGAAGAAUUAGACUUAUCAGACAACAUAUUCCAGGAGAUCCCUGUCAGUAUUUUUCAGCUUGGAAAACUUAAGAUACUGCAUUUAAGCAACAAUAAACUAACUAUUUUCCCAACUAAUAUUGGUAAUGUAAAAAAUCUUGAUCUCUCUGCCAAUAAAAUCACAGAAUUUUCCUGCCCUUUCCCUAAUUUCAGUAACCUAAGUCGACUUAAUGUAAGCAAUAAUAUACUGACUCAGCUGCCAGAAGAUUUAACUGGACUUAGCUCUCUGGAGGAUUUGGAUAUUUCGGACAAUAAGAUUGACGAAAUUCCGUCUACAGUUAGUGAACUGCAUUCUUUGACCAACCUAAACGCACAUGCCAAUAAUCUUAAUGUGGUGCCAGUAGAGUUGUGUACACUAACCAAUUUGUGCUACUUGGAUUUGAGCAAAAACCAUUUGAGUUGUCUACCAGAUGAUUUCUGUAAUCUCAGGCAGCUGAGGCAACUUUAUAUUCAGGAGAAUGAGUUGGAGUGCCUCCCUGCUGAUAUGCACAAACUAGAUGGAUUACAAUUGUUGCAAGCUAGUCAAAACUGUAUUACUGAAAUAUCAAAUAACACUUGCAUUCUGUCUGAGCUGGAAAUGUUAGAUAUCAGUCACAAUCAGAUAACUGAGAUACCCGAUACGUUCGGUAAACUAAAAACGCUUAAUGAGUUAGAUUUAUCAGGCAACCAAAUUCGAACAAUACCAUCUUCAAUAAGUCAGCUGCAACAACUAACUAAAUUUGCAAUUAGGAGAAAUCAACUUUCUGAACUACCAAAGUGCAUUGGUGAUUUACAACUGCUUCAGCAACUCGAUAUAUCUGGAAACCAAAUAACAAUGGUCCCUGAAACAAUUGGAGUUCUAAAGGAAUUAACUAAGCUUGAAUUAGGGGACAAUCAGCUUACUUCUAUGACGCCGAACAUAGGACUAUUGUGUAAAUUAGAAGAAUUGCAUGCCAGGAACAAUAAGCUGACAUCUAUACCACGUGAAAUUAAGAGGAUAACCACUUUACGCACAAUUUCAUUAAGAGGAAAUGAAAUUGAAGAUCCUCCAAUAAAUGAAUGUGAAAAUUAUUUUCAGUUGCUUAGCAACUAUUGGGAUGAACAAGAACUCAGAAUACUGGAGCCAUUUGACGUUUCUACUCGCACCAUCAGAUUAGAUGGCGCUCAACUCACAUAUGUCCCAUUACUAAUACAUAGAUAUACGAAUCUAAUAGAAUUAGACCUUCAAAAUAACAAACUACAUUCAUUGCCCUUGGAAAUAUCAAGACUUAACAUGCUUGAGAAAAUAAAUUUGUCAAACAAUUUGUUAUCUGAUGUUCCUGAUAUUAUUUCCACACUUCCUAAAAUGUCGACCUUAGUCCUUCGCAAUAACAAUAUUAAUGAAUUCCCAUGUAGUAUUGUAUCUCUCAAAGAGUUAGAUAUAUCUAAUAACAAUAUUCAAAUCAUUCCAACAGACAUACACACGUUGUAUCAGUUGAACAGGUUAGAUGUAAGUAGCAAUAGCUUGAGAGAACUUCCAGACACACUAUAUAAAGUUACAACCCUUGUUCAGCUUAAUCUUUCAGAUAACCAAAUAGUUAGCAUAUCGACGGAUAUAAGAAGUUUAACUAAUUUAAAAGUCUUUGAUAUUUCAAAGAAUAAGCUAACAGAAAUUCCUGACGAAAUUGGCAACCUCGUCGCACUUGAACGACUGUAUUUAUCAUCAAACACAAUACAAAUAAUUCCUAGUUCUAUUGCUAGGCUAACAAAUCUGUCAGAACUUAACAUUUCAAACAACAUUAUAUCAUGUAUACCAGAUGGAAUUUACGCUUUGACAAAGUUACAGAGGCUGAAUCUAAUGAGAAACCAGAUUAAAGAUUUGUCUGAGAGUGUUGGUAAAAUGGUUGAACUGGUCGUACUUGAUAUCUCACACAAUGAUUUAUCCAUAAUCCCAUUAAGCAUCAAAAAUCUACAAAUGUUGGAAAUCUUGGAUUUACAGGGCAAUGCCAAAUUGACCAGUCUGCCAAUCGGAAUUAUUCGUUUGACAAAUUUGAAUCAGUGCGGACUUGAAGGAACAACAAUGGAGACACCACCCAUGAAUGUGUGUUUAGCAGGCAUCUGUUCCAUCAGAGAGUACUUUGAAGCAAUUGAAAAUGAAAAUUUGGGAUCUGACAGAGUAAUUCAUAUUGUGCCAAAUAAGGAAUUUACAUACGUACUGCAAAGAGGUUUUUUCAUGAAAGUCACAUCGGAAUGUGUGAAAAAGCCAUGUGACAUCACAGUUCAUACUCUACAAGAUAAAACCUACAUUGAUGAAUUAAUCCAGUUUGGAAAAUUGGAAUCCAAUAUUAUAGAUAUGUCAUCAGACUCCUAUGAAUUCUGCAAGCCAUCCAUACUAGGGUUUCGAUUCAAACCUGACCGAACAAAGUCCAUAUCGAUUUACACACUUGAACACAAAUAUUGGCGGCAAUUGCAGACUACAUACAUGGAUGAAGAAGCUAUAUGUGCGAACAUGUCGACACUUGGCAAAUUUGCUGUGCUAUCUACGCCAAAAAAGGAACGAUUUUCUGUUGGUGUAAAGGGAACAACUAUCACUUCUACAGUAAUGGAAAAUGUGUAUCUUGUGAUUAAAGACUCUGCUGUCAAGUGUCCCACCGAUAUAGACGUUAUGGUUCAAAUUCCAGACCCGAGUUUGACCAUUGUCCAGGAUUUGUUUCAGAAACAUAUUUAUGUUGGGCCUUUGGUUAGUUUAGACAACUGUAACACUGAUCAAAAGGCAUUAUAUAAAAACGCAGAUUUUACACUACCAUCGCCAGUAGUUGAUCAAACAACAAGCCAGCAUCGAAUUCUGGUGAUGCGGCAAGAAGGCAGCAAAUGGACGUUGUUACAUAAAAUCCCUAGUGCACAAGGGCAAGAAAAUAUUACUUGUGACAUCAAGCAGUUCACACGGUACAUACCGGUUAUGGUUCCACGCACUACUGCAUCCCUUCCAUCAAUUGAGAAAACAUGCUGGCAGUUACGCAGAGAGCUGGGAAUCGGUAUAUAUAAUGUGGUUCUAAAGUUAUUUCAGAAGAAAGACGACUGUGCACAGAUGUUGUUAUAUAUACUGAAAGUCAAGGAUGAUACACCGUCACGAUUAGAUUAUUUAAAUGGAAGGGGUUACAAGUGCAUUGAUGAAGGACAUGUAACUGGUAUGGCAAUAGGAGAUAAAGUUUUCAUUUCUGUUACUGACAAAUUCGUGUUAAAAACUGUUGGUGAAUGCACUUUCAACGAAGGCCCAAAUAACACACAAAACAUCAUUGUUGAUGUCAAGGAUUCAAACUCAACUACUAAGAUUCUUGGAGUGUUGAUGCUUAAACACCAGGGGCAUAAGCUGGAAGACCCUCCGCUUGUUGGGUGCUGUUUUUGUAUUUCUGGUAGAAACAAAAUAACCCCUUAUGAGCAAAAUAUCAAAAAUUUUACAUUUGAGUAUUGCAAAGAGGCAUGGCUUGAAGUAAACUGCCCAGAAGAACUGAAGCCAGCUGUUGAUUACCUAGUUAGGAACAUGGUUUGCGAAGAGCUUUUGUUUUUCGCAAGGAAAGUUGAGCUCGAUCCCUCUGACGUCGAUGAAAUAAAGAGAAUCCCUACUGUGAAAGCCAAGAUACAACGAAUGUUAAAAUUGUGGUUCAUCAAGAUGGGUGACAAUGCUACGUUAAAACAACUGUUAGAUGGUCUGAAUAUGUGUAACUUGGCUACUCAUGUUAUGAAAAUUGAACAGCUCACAUGA